AUGAAACUUGCCAUCUUAGACGACUACCAAUCCAUCUCCCCCGUCUACUUCAACCCCCUUGCAUCUCGCGUCUCGAUCUCCUACUUCCCAGAGACAUUGAACCCACGCGAUGCGACCCAACAUGAAGCGCUGAUCGCGCGUCUCCUACCAUUUGACAUCAUCGUGACCAUGCGCGAACGCACGCCCCUAUCUGCUGAGACGCUCCGACGGCUUCCAAACCUCAAACUCCUCGUCACGACGGGCACGCGGAAUCUCGCACUCGACGUGGAAUUCUGCACCGCACGGGGUAUUCCCGUCGCAGGGACUGCGGGACGUAUUCCCGGUGUAUCAUCGACAGUGCAGCACACCUGGGGCCUUAUCUUGGGUCUUGCGCGGGGGAUCGCGCGGGACGACGCGGCGUUGAAACGAGAUGGGAAGUGGCAGGGAGAAGGACAGGGACAUUUAGGGAUGACGUUAGCGGGGAAGACGCUGGGAGUAUUGGGAUUAGGGAAGUUAGGGAUGGGAGUGGCGCGGAUUGCAUUGGCGUUUGAUAUGCGGGUUGUUGCGUGGUCAACAAAUCUGACACGGGAGAGGGCGGACGAGACGGCUCGGGCGGCAGGGGUCGAUCCGAGGAUGAUUACUGUGGUUGGGUCGAAGGAGGAGUUUUUCGAGCAGACGGACGUGGUCAGUUUGCAUUGUGUGUUGUCGGAGAGGAGUCGUGGAAUUGUGGGACGAGAGGAGUUGAAAGCGAUGAAGAAGGAUGCAUUGUUGGUGAAUACGUCGCGUGGGCCGUUGGUGGAUGAAGAGGCGUUGUUGGAGACGCUUCGGUCGGGCGGAAUUCGAGGAGCAGCACUGGAUGUGUUUGAUCCCGAACCAUUACCGGCGGAUAGUCCGUGGAGGACGACCCAGUGGGGGGAAGAGGGGCGUAGUGAGGUGUUGGUGACGCCGCAUAUGGGAUAUGUCGAUGAGCAGAUCCAAUUGUGGUAUGCGGAGGCCGCAGAGAAUGUGGUGCGAUGGUUGGAUGGGGAGGAACUGAAGGUACGAUUGAAUUAG